GUACUAACUCGCAAGGCGCAGCAGCGGCGGGCACAGAGCCCAAGUACACGCAUCACACACACGCAAGAUGGUUUCGACACGCACGUUAGCUCGACGGUUUACCUCUACUCACCUAUACCAUUUUGCCCGGCGGCCCCUACCCUCACAAGCCGUAGAGCCCAGGCGCGCCGCCUGAAGUUGUGCAUACCGUGCUACUCGUGUAUGCGAACACGCACAUAUGGUGACCCCCGUAGGCCCCUCCAGCUCGCCCUGCACGGUGCCGCGCGCCGUGUUCUCGCACCAGCCGUGCAGCCCCAGCCGCUGCGCCUCCGCCUGCGUGUACAUGCGGAAGAAAACCUGGGGCACAGGAGGGGCCAAGACUCCGCGAAAUGGGCGGGGCGGGCGGACUGCACAUGCACAGGCCAAGGACCUGUACAGUCAGCUGGUGGAGGAGGUACGGCGGCAGUACGGCGCGCCGGAGCGCGUCAAAGACGGCGUGUUCGGCGCGAAGAUGGACAUGGCACUGCUGAACGACGUAGUGGACCUAUGUAGUGGACAGCAACGACCCAGAUGCGUAGUGCAGGUGUUAUGAAGAUGUCGACAUGUCGUGACUCGUGAGGAUGGGGGAUUGCGGGAAGUGCGGCAUACCGUAAACAAGCUGCAAGCAUGUGACCGAGGGAAGCGUUGCGUGCGGGGUGGGGUUCAUUCCAUGAGGCGGGGGCGGGGGCUGCGGAUGUGGUGAGUGGCGAGGAGUGGGGCCUUGAAGGCCGGCGCAAGGGAGCGUGAUGAGUCAUGAGUGAGCAGAGCGGGGGCUGACAGCUGCGCAAGCGAGGAAGCGGCACGCAGGGAAGAGCCGAAGAGGCAAGGCGUGCGGUUGUUGGGCAUGACGUGCUUCGGAUGGAGGAGAGUCGGAGCCACCUGGCCAGGGGUAGUCCUUCAUGGAGCAGAGUGAAGAGUGUGGAGUGGGUGUCAACGUGUCGUGCCAACUAAUGCGCAUGACAACGAACUGAUGGCAGCAGCGGCAGCAGUGCAUGUGCUUUGGGAUGCAGGGCGUUUCCUCCGGCCUUUGCGGUUUAAACGUGUUUGAACGCUUGUUCCAUGGGCCUUGCACAACGCUUUGCGGCAUGUGCAGUGGCCUGAAACAUAAGACACCUGGAAAUGCCACCAUGCAGCGUUCAGCAUUUGAACCAAUGGGCUGGCCCAGGUGGGCAGGGCGCUGAACAGGGUCCCGGGCUGGUGCGGGGCAGCGGCGAAGGGGCGGCAUUCCUAACACACGCUGGCUGGUGGCGCCCUUGCCGAGUGAGAGCUGCACGCUGUGAAAACUCUAUGCUGUACAUGGUGCUGCACUGAAAUGUACAUAUGCUAUCUCACAAUCUUAUCACAAUUUCAUAUGGUUGGUGACGGGGUGUGCGUGCUAGACAUCCUAAGAUGUUAGUUUUGCUGCAAGUGCCACCCAGUCGUCGCGCACAGCUCUGCACAGUGUGCAAAGAAGUCGAUGUUGCGCUGAAUGUAAUAGCGUCGAGCG